AUGCUCUCUGGUAUCAUUCCCUUGCGCCUCUAUAAUUUCUCAUCCUUGUAUCUUUUCAACGUGGCUCUCAACCAGCUGCAGGGUAGCCUUCCACCAACCCUGGGCAAUGCACUUCCUAGACUUGACUAUCUUUGGUUAAGUAGUAACCAUUUUGAAGGACCCAUUCCAGCUUCAUUAGGCAAUGCCACCAGAAUUGUAAACAUUGAUUUCUCUAACAACAGUUUUAGAGGACAGGUGCCUUCGAAUUUGGGAAGAUUGCAAGGUCUUUACUAUCUCAAUCUUGGUGAGAACCAGCUUGAAGCAAGUGAUGCUAACGGAUGGGAAUUUCUUGACUCUUUAACCAACUGCAGCUUUUUACAGAAAUUGGGCCUACAAAUCAACCUGUUUGGCGGUAGAUUGCCAAAAUCAAUCACCAACCUCUCCAUAGAACUCCAGAUUCUGGACAUUGGAGGUAACCACAUAUCGGGGAACAUUCCUUCUGGAAUCGAAAACCUGUUCAAUUUGUAUGCAUUGGGGUUUGAGAGUAACCUAUUCACUGGUAAUAUCCCAGCAGACAUCGGAAAGCUCCAGAAGCUGCAACUUCUGUGCUUGUAUGACAACAACUUAACGGGGAUCCUUCCAUCCUCCCUUGGCAACCUCACCCAGUUGAAUAAAUUCUACCUAUACAGUAAUGCCUUUGAAGGACCGAUACCUUCAAGUCUGGGAAACCUCCGACACUUAGCAGAUCUGGACCUCUCCAUUAACAGUCUUAGUGGGAGCAUCCCAAAAGAGAUAUUCAACCUUUCUUUCCUGUCAAGUUAUGUGGAUUUUUCUGACAACUAUUUGAUAGGGGAACUACCAUUGGAUGUUGGCAGCAUGACAAAUCUCAGAGCAUUAAUUCUUUCUGGAAACAAGCUGUCGGGUGACAUACCUGGCACACUUGGCAAUUGUGAGGUCUUGGAAAACCUCUUCGUUGACAAUAACUUCCUCCAGGGGACUAUUCCUCCAUCUUUGAGCGACAUAAAAGCACUUCAAGAUCUCGAUCUCUCGCACAAUAACCUAUCAGGGCCCAUACCUGAAAUGCUGGCAAACUUACACUUUUUGGCUUAUCUCAAUCUGUCUUUCAACCAUCUAGAUGGUGCAGUGCCGACAAAGGGAAUCUUCAACAAUGCAACUGCUAUCUCGCUACUUGGCAAUGAUGGGCUCUGUGGAGGUUCUCUAAACAUCCAGAUGGUUGAGGUUGCCAGGAGUGUCAGUGCCGCAUCUAAGUUUACUGGCAGUGGAGGAGCUGUGGUUGCACUUUGCCACGAUGGACCUGAUCAAGCUAAGCUUCCUGAAGAGGCGUGCGAAGAACCUGGUUUUGUUAUACAGCAGGCCAUCAUUGUUCCUCCUGCUCUUAAUGAUGAAGACCUGAAAACUCUGUCUAGCUAA